GCCGCCGCCGCCGCCAUGGAAGCGCUGGGACCCGGACCUCCAACCAGCCUGUUCCAGCCGCCCCGUCGCCCUGGCCUCGGAACUGUGGGGAAACCAAUCCGCCUCCUAGCCAAUCAUUUUCAGGUCCAGAUUCCUAAAAUAGACGUCUAUCACUAUGAUGUGGAUAUCAAACCCGAAAAGCGGCCCCGGAGAGUCAACAGGGAGGUGGUGGAUACGAUGGUGCGGCACUUCAAGAUGCAGAUAUUUGGCGAUCGGCAGCCUGGCUAUGAUGGUAAAAGAAAUAUGUAUACAGCCCACCCGCUGCCUAUUGGACGGGAUAGGGUUGAUAUGGAGGUGACACUUCCAGGUGAGGGUAAAGACCAGACAUUUAAAGUGUCCAUUCAGUGGGUGUCAGUUGUGAGCCUUCAGCUGCUUUUGGAAGCUUUGGCCGGGCACCUGAAUGAAGUACCUGAAGAUUCUGUCCAGGCACUAGAUGUUAUCACAAGGCACCUUCCCUCCAUGAGGUACACUCCUGUGGGCCGUUCAUUCUUCUCUCCCCCUGAAGGCUAUUACCACCCUCUAGGAGGGGGCAGGGAGGUCUGGUUUGGUUUCCAUCAGUCUGUGAGACCCGCCAUGUGGAAUAUGAUGCUCAAUAUUGACGUAUCUGCAACAGCUUUCUACCGGGCCCAGCCUAUCAUUGAAUUUAUGUGUGAGGUUUUGGACAUCCAGAACAUCAAUGAGCAAACAAAACCUCUGACUGACUCCCAGCGCGUCAAGUUUACCAAAGAAAUCAGAGGACUCAAAGUAGAGGUUACCCACUGUGGACAGAUGAAACGGAAAUAUCGAGUAUGUAAUGUGACCAGAAGGCCAGCUAGUCACCAGACUUUCCCCCUCCAGCUGGAAAACGGUCAAGCUAUGGAAUGUACAGUAGCCCAGUAUUUUAAGCAAAAGUAUAGCCUUCAACUGAAGUAUCCCCAUCUUCCCUGUCUUCAAGUAGGACAGGAGCAAAAACACACUUAUCUGCCACUUGAGGUCUGUAAUAUUGUGGCAGGACAGCGGUGUAUCAAGAAGCUAACAGACAAUCAGACAUCCACUAUGAUCAAGGCAACGGCAAGAUCAGCUCCCGACAGACAGGAGGAAAUCAGUAGACUAGUCAAGAGCAAUAGCAUGGUGGGUGGACCUGACCCCUACCUGAAGGAGUUUGGUAUCGUCGUUCACAAUGAAAUGACCGAGCUAACGGGCCGGGUGCUCCCAGCACCUAUGUUGCAGUAUGGAGGCCGGAAUAAAACCGUAGCCACACCAAAUCAGGGGGUCUGGGAUAUGCGAGGGAAGCAGUUUUACGCUGGCAUAGAAAUUAAAGUGUGGGCCGUGGCCUGUUUCGCUCCCCAGAAACAAUGCAGAGAAGACCUGUUGAAGAGUUUCACGGAUCAGCUGCGCAAGAUCUCCAAGGAUGCAGGGAUGCCCAUCCAGGGCCAGCCGUGUUUCUGCAAAUACGCCCAGGGCGCUGACAGCGUGGAGCCCAUGUUCAAACAUUUGAAGAUGACGUACGUCGGUCUGCAGUUGAUUGUGGUGAUCCUCCCUGGAAAGACCCCUGUAUACGCGGAGGUGAAGCGGGUUGGGGACACCCUCCUAGGAAUGGCCACGCAGUGCGUCCAAGUGAAGAAUGUAGUGAAAACUUCUCCCCAGACCCUCUCCAACCUCUGCCUGAAAAUAAAUGCAAAGCUCGGCGGAAUCAACAAUGUCCUCGUACCUCAUCAAAGGCCUUCGGUGUUCCAGCAGCCCGUCAUCUUCCUGGGAGCAGACGUCACUCACCCCCCAGCCGGAGAUGGGAAGAAGCCCUCGAUCGCGGCCGUGGUGGGCAGCAUGGACGGCCACCCCAGCCGGUACUGCGCCACCGUAAGGGUGCAGACCUCUCGCCAGGAGACCUCCCAGGAGCUCCUGUACAGUCAGGAAGUGAUCCAGGACCUGACCAACAUGGUCCGUGAGCUGCUGAUCCAGUUCUACAAAUCGACACGCUUCAAACCCACUCGCAUCAUCUAUUACCGGGGAGGGGUCUCCGAGGGCCAGAUGAAACAGGUAGCUUGGCCAGAACUAAUAGCAAUUCGGAAAGCCUGCAUCAGCCUGGAAGAAGAUUACCGACCAGGAAUAACUUACAUUGUGGUGCAGAAAAGGCAUCACACCCGGCUCUUCUGCGCAGACAAAACGGAGAGGGUGGGGAAAAGUGGCAAUGUGCCCGCAGGCACGACUGUGGACAGCACGAUCACACAUCCGUCUGAAUUUGACUUUUACCUCUGUAGUCAUGCAGGAAUUCAGGGAACCAGCCGCCCUUCACACUAUCAGGUUUUGUGGGAUGACAACUGCUUCACGGCGGAUGAACUACAGCUGCUGACCUAUCAGCUGUGUCACACCUACGUGCGCUGCACCCGCUCGGUCUCCAUUCCAGCCCCCGCGUACUAUGCUCGGCUGGUAGCGUUUAGGGCAAGAUAUCAUCUGGUGGAUAAGGAUCAUGACAGCGCCGAGGGAAGCCAUGUGUCAGGACAGAGCAAUGGCCGCGACCCCCAGGCUCUGGCCAAAGCAGUGCAAAUCCACCACGAUACCCAGCACACGAUGUAUUUUGCCUGAGAGCCUCUGAGGAGGCUCAGGGGAUCUUGGCACACCGUGCGCUCCCGAAACGUUUGGAAUGCCUACUGCUUCUGGAUAGGGCCAAGUUGACUUCAGACGGUCUUCCUACCAGCAGCUCUGAACAGUCGCACUGAAUCUACUCUUCACGGCAAUGUCUGAUGCACCAACAGAAUUGAGCCAUUUGGUUUUUUUCGUUUGUUUUAUGGGUUUUUGGUUUUUUGGUGUUGUUUUUUUUUUUUCAUUUUCGUUGUUUUUGAAAUUCAUAGACUGUCUUUUCUGAUGCAUUGGACUGAAUUUUUUACCUCAAAGCAUUAAGGCUGAUCAUUCUGAAAUCUUUAAAGGACUUGGCAUGAAAGGUUUCUAUUGAAUAUUUUGCUAGCUACAGUUUAAGUUGAUCACCUCAUCCCCGUAGUACAUCGAGAUGGAGUUAUUCCCUGGUAGUCCAUACUCACCAAGCAGGGUGAACGCAUAAGCGGGAGAAAAAAGAAAACACAGAAUCAUUUAACUUCAGUUCAACUUAACACAGUUCUAUUGUGUGGGGCCAUAGACUUUUUAACGGAGAUUUUAGACUUCACUACUGUAAAUGCCUUUGUCAAGCAUUAGUUUCAGAAGGUAUUGCAGUCUUGUCGGUUUUACUAGUUUAUCUUUUUAAAUCUCUGCAGACUUGUGCUGGUGCAAGUACAGGCUGCAAAGCAAUUGCACUAUAUAUAUUACUGCAGAUUCAAAUAGGCGGUUCUUGUUCGGUAAACCUGUGAAUGUGUAACAUAACCAGAUAGUAACACCUGUGAGCAGGUUUUAAUUAUUAUAAUGGUUACAGAUAACACUGCCAUAGGAUGGUUAAAAGUAAUCAUACGUUUUCCCCCCCUUAAAAAAAAAAUUAGCUUUUAGAUAUUUUUCCAAGUUUUACAGAAGUGCCCAUUUUAUGCUGCUGUGUGGUUUGAUAAAUCUAAAUGAUUUUUAAACUUUUCUUGUAGGAGGUUAACUUUGGCAAUAAACACUUUUCUUUAAAAGCCCCCCUCCCCCCACCCAUCCCCAAAACAUCCCUUACCCAUCCCCAGCGAUGUAGUUUUCUAGUGGAGGGUUGUGCAUGAAUUGAUCCGGUUUUGCUUGUGACUUCACAAUCUGGCAAUUUCUGAACUCAAUCAGAAAAGACGCACUUCCAUGCCUUUUUAAGAAUUAUUUUUACAUGUUUUAUAUUCACUGUUGGUGUCCUGUCUACUACUUCUUUUUAAAUAAGCUACAACCUGGGCGUUGCACGUUGGAAAGGCUUUGCCAAUCUGUACAGUUCUCAAUGUAUUUUUGUGGUGAUAGCAACCUGAAGACUUGUACCAGCAUUUUAAAACAUUUCCCCCGCCCCCACCUCCCAAAAUCAAGGUUGCAACCACAAUGACAUAAAAUGGCAUGUUUAAAAAAAAAAAAAAGAUAAAAAGAUAAAAAAAAAAUGUACAUUUAAACUAUUGAUCCUGUCCCAGCCUAGAAAUAAUUCUUGAGUCUUGAUUUCCCCCCCACACCCCUCACCUCCUUGGCUUGGCAGUUUAGGCUAAAAAUUGUAGAGAGAGGCUUGAUUUCACUUGCAGCUUUCGGCUCCUACAAACCUAACAUUGAGAUUGGAUUCUUUUUCAUGUUAAAAGAAAAAACAAAGGGAAUUGAUCUAAAACCAGCAUUAAAAAGAAAGUUGAGCUUGUUGCUAUAUUUAAUAUUGGCCACACAACGUAACAGGGAAACUGUUACCUGAGAUUGCAGUUGUCCAAAACCAGUAGAUCUGCUAAAAUUUCUUAGCAGUUCAAAUAUUUGUAAACUAGCCUUCUCUAAAGCUCAGCUAUAUAAAAAGCUGGGGUUUUUUUACCCUUUUUUAACCCAGUCUUUUAAACAAGCUUGUAAAUACAUCGAAGUUUACAUUUCUAAAUGCUGUCUUUCAGCACAUUAGUAGGCGCUGAAACCAGUCUUCAGAGCAGUUUUAUAACCUUCUUUCGGAGUAGUUUCAUCAUACCGAGUUUGACCAUAUUUUUUUUCCUCUGUCGAAAACAGGACUGAAGCAAGCUCUCGGCUCCUGAGGCACAGGGAGGCAGGUUUAGUUGAGAUUCUUCCUUUUUUUUUUAUUGUUAUUUCCUAAACUUUUCCUCUUUUGAAAAAUACCUCACUUGGAUAAUAAAAAUCAGGACAUGUCGGUGAGAGGCUGGCUGCUGCUUCAGCUUAGAUGGCUGCUUUUAUUAAUACUUGUUCAGGGAGAGCACAGAAAUAAACCCUUCAGCAUGUACUCUGACCUAGCGGAAGGAGAAUUUAGGCACCUUGAGGAAAAAUUGAGCACCCCUGAGUUGUAGGAACAGAAGAUGGG